AUGUAAACAACGUCAAUAAGAAAGCUGUGGUGACAAGCUUUAGGUACAAACUCACAGUGCAUAGCAAUAUAUUUUAGCCAUCUCAUUUUGUUAAAUAUGCCCCGCAAAAAGCCAUUUAGCAACAAACAGAAGAAGAAACAGCUACAAGUCAAACGGGAGAGAAAGAGAGGGGAGACAGGUUCUGGACCGAGCAGCCGCAAUGCCAGUGUGGAGCGUGGAGGAGAGCGUCAGUCAGACACUUCAGACAGCGAGACCACUGAUAUUAGAAGACUAAAUCAGCAGCCCUUUAGCAGAGAAGGUAGAUAUGACCCCAACAGGUUCCGUCUGCACUUUGAGAAAGAGAGCAAAGAGGAUGUGGAGAAGAGGAAGAAGGUAGCGAGGGAGAAGGUGCUACAACCCGUCACAGACAAAGAGCUUGAGGUGGACAUCAAUGAAAUUUACCCCUCAGAGAAAGGUCUUGGUUUCCCACGGCGGCCAUCGUGGAAUUAUGAUAUGACAAGAGAGAACCUGCUAAGGAAAGAGGAGAAGUCAUACAGAGAGUACCUGGAUGACUUGCACUCUAGAAACCCACCUGGCUCUCUCAGCCACUUUGAGCACAAUCUGGAGACAUGGAGACAGCUAUGGAGAGUUUUGGAGAUGUCUGACGUCAUUCUGCUCAUCGUUGACAUUAGGCACCCGGUGCUGCAGUUCCCUCCAGCCAUUUACCACCACAUCACAGGAGAUCUGCAUAAGCAGGUGGUCUUGGUGUUGAACAAAGCCGACCUUUGUCCUCCCCCACUGGUGAUCGCCUGGAAACACUACAUGACCUCCCAGUUCCCCCACCUGCAAAUUGUUUGCUUCACCUCCCACCCUGGACAGCCAAAUAGCACAGUACUCCAGAAGAAGAGGAUGAGGAGGAAGGCUGAUUGGAGCCACGCUGGAGGUCCUAUCGAUAUCUUGAAGGCUUGUCAGGAGAUCACGUCAGGGAGAGUUGAUCUGUCCAGCUGGGAGCAGAAGAUUCAAAGAGAUGCUGUUGCAGAGCGUCUGGAUGGAGAGCGACCAGAUGAAGGAGCAGAAUCAGUGUUAAUGGAGCAUCAAAGCGAUAGUGCUAUGGAGAUGAGCAGCCUGUCACAGGAGCUCUACAAAGACGGGGUUCUCACAUUAGGCUGCAUAGGUUUUCCCAAUGUUGGCAAGUCAUCUGUUAUAAACAGCCUGGUUGGGAGAAAGGUGGUCAGUGUGUCAAGGACCCCAGGCCACACCAAAUACUUCCAGACCUACUACCUCACCCCGACAGUCAAACUCUGCGACUGCCCUGGGCUGGUUUUCCCCUCCCGUGUCAAUAAACAGCUGCAGAUCCUGGCAGGGAUCUACCCAGUGUCACAGCUGCAAGAACCCUACAGCUCAGUUGGUUAUCUGUGCGAGAGGACCCUCUUCCUUAGUGUAUUGAAGCUCCGACACCCCAGUUUGCAAGACAUUGAACCCCAUCUAGGAAACCAGGGGUCUGAGGAGCUCAGCUGGACUGCCUGGGAUGUGUGUGAGGCUUGGGCAGAGAGGAGAGGCUAUAAGACAGCAAAAGCAGCUCGAAAUGAUGUUUACCGUGCAGCUAAUAGUCUCCUUCGGUUGGCUAUUGAUGGCAGAUUGUGCCUCUGCCUCAGACCACCAGGCUACAGCUGCCUGAGAGAGCAUUGGGAAAAUCACCCAGACCUGCCGGAGAUUAUGGCUCUUCAAGGAAGGGCGACAGAGGAGGAAGGAACAGGAGACAGGGACGACGACGAGGACGGCGAAUCCAGCACAGAGCCCGAGGAAGAGAAAGACCGGGAUGCUGACGAUGACGAGGAUGGAGAUGGGGAUGAUGAAGAUGAGGGGUUUGGACGUCCGAGACGGAAGGACGAUGAACCGUCUGGCGUCACUGUCAACAUGUACAAUGUCCUUCGGGAAAAUGAGUGUGAGUGAUGACAGAGUGAAAGGCAAGCAGAAAGAAACAAGUUGCUCCUCUUUACUGACUUUUUCCCCUCUGCUCCAGUGCACCUCUCAUUCCUUGAUUUUCCUAAACCUGCAUUCCUUCUCAUUUAUUUUCUCAUGUCUCCACUCCUCAUAUCAUUACUUUCUCAAUACAAUAACUUUUCAUAUUUAUUCACCCUGUUUCCUUCUCCCUAUAAUAUACAGAGCAAAUUCAUGUGUUCCAUGCUGUGCCUCUGCUCUGCUUGUUCAUCCAUGAAGCUUAUUCUUCAUUAUUGCUUCUAGGAAUGGGUUUGGUUGAGUUUGGGUUUUGAUUUGAUUUGAUCUUUAUAUUUUGCAUGUAGUUCUCAGAGAUAAAUGAACCAAUACCAGCCUGAAAUCAUUAUUCAGGCAAUCAAUCUUUUCAUCAAAAAGUGACCUCACAGCUGAGAUGCCAAAGUUCAGGAAAGGAUGAUAAAAUAAAUCACAUGCACUGUUGAUAUGAUGUCAUUCACUGGAGCAACCAUUUGGCUCUCAGAUCAGCUCGAGAUUUAAGAACACAACUUUAAAUCUUCUUCAUUGACCAUAGCACGUCUCAGCUGUGGUUUGCGGGUUUGGGAUGGGAUGUGGGAGAUACUAGACCACAAAGACUAGGACUGAUAAAAACCAACAUGUUACACACAGUUUUGCAGUUACCAGUAUUACAACUGUGUUUGAGGGUCGUUUAUCUGAAUUUGGUUUUGAAUUAGAUUAUACUGUGUGUAACAACGAUGCUGUAUUUGGAGAAUUUUUAUUUUUUUUGGUGGAGGAGAGAAAGGGGCGUUAAAUUCUCUAUUGCUGGACGAGGCUGUUUCAGGAAUUAAACUUGUAGUGUUUUAACUACUACAACAGUUUUCGAUAGAUUCUAAUAGGGAUUUUCAGGAUUCAGUGCAGGAUUUGGAUACACUCAUUCAGCAUGUUUAUAUGCUAAUGGCAGCACAGUGGGUCUAAUUUGACUGCAUAAAAAUCAAUAGUAGAAAUACAUUUUUUCAAAAGAUACGUGUUUGCUUUAUUGCAAAAAGUUAAAUGAAAAUGUUGCUAACAUAGUUUUGUACAGUGAAUAUGAAACUAUGGCUAGCUGCUAGUUAGCAUAGCUAACAAAGACCUGAAAUGGCUAACUUGACUGUCAAAUGUAAACAAAAUCAGACUGACAGCACCUUUAAAACUAAAUCUAGUUUGCUUAAUUUGUACUGAAUCGAGUAAAGCAAAAAGCUAUAGUUUGAAUUUUUACUUCAUUUGUUUUUUCAUUGGGUUUUUUGAGUAACAGAGAGUUGAGGAAGUUUCUCAUCUGUUUUGAGAAAGUCAGAGAAAAACCAUUAUGUAUUUUUUCUUAUAAAUUAGGACUUUUAGAGAUGCUGGUAGUCUGUAUUACCUUUGGACAAAGCCAGGCUAGCUGCUUCCAACAGUUUCCGGUCUGCGCUAAGCUAAGCUAAACAGCUGCUAGCUGCAAUUUCACUGACAUACUGUAGACACUCUCAUUAAAAAAAAUUAAACAAAAUUACCAAAAUGUAAACUAUUCCUUUCACCAUUCAGAAAGAGAAACUGGCCACUACAGCUUUUAGCACUUACAGAUAAUAUGACUUUUUCUGCUGUUGGACCAGUCUCUCACUUGGUUUUUCUGUGAUGUGUGAUGAGUGCUGUAUUAUUGUGUGCUGUUGUACCUCAUUCGUGUACUCACCAAGGGAACGUUAACAGCACAGUGCUGUGUUACUGUGUAAUGCAUCACACUGCGGCCACAUGUGGUAUUUCCACCAUCAGUACAAUGAAAGCUGAUACCGAACACUACCAUGCUGUUAAAAACACAACAGGGUUUUAGUUGUGUUGGUAUGGGUUUUUUUUCUUCUGGAAAUAUUAAAACUGACAGCGUAUGGAGAGUGUAGUAUGAGUGUAAAGGCUCAAGGUGUGCUCAGGCUUUUUGCUCAUUCCUUUAUUUCAUUCCUAGUAUGCCUAAUGGUGACUGGACUGCUUUCUGCAAUAAAAGAAGAUAAUCCUCUGAA